AUGGGUCUUAAAACUAUCAUUUUUGCACUUGUACUCAUCCUACUCUUAGCCUUUCAAACAAGAGCAGCAGGUCCUCGAGGCAGAUAUGACUUCUACAAAGUUGCAAUCCGAUGGCCCAAAUCAUUCUUGAAUUCUGGCAAAUCAGUUCAGAGAGGAGGUUAUAGUCAUAAGCCAACCCUGACCAAUUUCACCAUACAUGGGCUAUUCCCAAUGUAUACCAUUGACGAGGUGGUGCCACCCUAUGAUGAGGACAGUGGAUGCACUGAAAGUAAACCAAAGCGUCCAGAAUUUAUUACAAUAGAACUUUUUGAUGACUAUGAUCUCUUAACCGACAUGAAAACAUAUUGGCCAGAUGUUGCGUACUAUCGAAACAUGACAGACAACUUACAGUUUUGGCGACGGGAAUGGCAGAAACAUGCAAUGUGUUUCGACAGACCUGACAUGCCUACUUAUUAUUACAAGACUGCCUUAAGAGCUAGAAAGAAAUUUGAUUUUCUUGAUACUUUGAUAAAAGCAAACAUAAAACCCAACAAUGAAAAGUAUAACCGAACAGUCAUCGGAAAGGUUGCUAGUGAUUAUGUGGGAAAAAAAGUUGAAAUUAGUUGCAAUACAGAUUCAAAAGGAAAUAGACAAUUGGACGAGAUUUUGGUAUGCUACACCAGAAAUGGUAACGAGAGACCAUGCCCCUUUCGUUUUACCUAUUGCGGAGAUGAAGAUGAAUUUAUACUAUUUCCAUCAGCUGCUGCUGCUGCUUAG